UUUUUAUUUUUAAUUGUUUUUAAGUAGACUAUUAUUACAAUCUAAUAGUAUACAGAUAAACACGGUUUUUAAUUUUUGUUUUUACUAUUUAUCCAUUUCGAUGUUAAUAAAUAGAUUUUAAUAAAUUCAUAUAAAAUAAUGCAAUUUUUGAAAAUCAAUUUAUAUUAAUGCUUAUGAUAUUUCGACUUACGCAGUGUUCGGAUAAAUUCACUGAUAAACAUGUUGGACAACCCGAGGAGUCUGAAGCUAAUAAUAUAGAUGAAGAAGGAUUUGAAACUAUAGUAACAAAGAUGGAAGACUUAGUAAUAGAUACUGAUCAAACCUCAACAGAUCAACCAACUGGAUCAGCAAAUGAUAAACCUCGACAACCCAGUGGUCAACCACAACAAUGUAUUGAAUAUCAAGGAGGUGAAGGUUAUGAACAUGGUGCUACUGGUGGUGAUCAAAGUGAUGAAGAGGAUAACAAUUUUGAAGUAAUAGUAAAGGAAUUGGAAGACCUACUUGAGGAAGAUGAAGCUACACAUGAUAGCUUUGAACCUGGUAAACAAAAGGAUCAACCUGUUACUGAGACUAUGGAAAUUGGUUGGCCACCUACUCCUGAAAAAUCUGAAAAAAAAGUUAGUAUAAUACCGGAAAUGGUAUUACUUAAAAAAGGCUCAGGUGAUAAUUUAGUUCCAAUGAAUAUUUCAGAUUAUUUUGUAAAGGGAUAUGAUCAAUUUGGAAUUAAAUAUGAAUUUAAUACCCCUCUAGAAAAAUUGUUAGCAAACAAAGACCCAAUAUGGGAACACGAACAAGGUAAAGCUUAUCCAGAACAACUAAUUUACAAGGAAAAAAGGGGCAUUUAUAUUCUAAUUUUUAGACAUCUAGCGUUUGUUUAUAGGAAAGUUUUCGAUCAUUGGAAUUUGAAAAUUUUGAGACCACCCAAAGGAAUUAAAAUUUACGAUAUAGAUGAACAGGGAAGAGUUAUUCCCAUAUUUAAAAGCCAAUACAAUGUUCAACCAACAGGGUUUGGUUCCUUUAGAUAUAUACUUAAAGAAGGAAUAAAGUGUAGAAUAAUUGAAUUUCAAAAGACUAUAGUUUGGGGAGGAGAUCCUAGUAAUGGUUAUGUCAGAACAUUCAGCUACGUGAACGAUAAUCUGUUUGUGAUUUUUUUCCACAAUUAUAUUGUUAAAGUUACAAGAGUUAAUAACUCUUGGACAUAUUUAUUCCAGCCAAGAUCAUCAAAACAAAAUUUUAAUGAAUUUUAAUUUUUAAAGAACAUUAAUUAUUAUUGAUUUAUUGGUUUAAUUUUUCAGAUGGAUUUGAACUUGUUAAAUUGGUGUGUAAACUCGUUAAUUUCGUGUGUUGUGCUGUUAAACAACUUUAUAAAGUAUUUUUUAUUAAUAAUGUUUGAAAGAUUAUGCAAACUGCUAGAUUUUUUAAAUGAUCAUUAUGUCUUUAAUAUGUGUAAUUAUGAUUUUAAUUUUACUAAUAAAAC